ACCACCAUCGCCAACACAUUUUAACACUCGACCAAAUUGAGUAAACAAAAAUCUGGCGCUCCGUAGAAGAAGAAACUCCACUAUAUUACAAGCAUGUCACAUCCAAACACAACGCGGCGCAAACAUGUGCUCAAGGAGAUGAUGGAGGAUGACUACUCCCUGCCCACGGAACAGCAGCAGAUCGUGCGUGUAGUCAGCAGCCGAGGCAACAAUCUGCACGAGGUGGAAUCGGCGACAGCUGAGAAUUUUCUGGUCUCUAUGCCCAACAAAUUUCGCAAGAAUGUGUGGGUAAAGCGCGGCGAUUAUAUAUUGGUCGAACCCAUCGAGGAGGGCGACAAAGUAAAGGCGGAGAUUAGCAAAAUCCUAACUCCCGAGCACAUCAAGGAGUACACAAAGGCUGGCAUAUGGCCGGAACGCUUUGCCAAGAAGGCGACGACGCCAAGCAGCAAAGCCGAACAUUCCGGCACUUCUGGUUCCGACAGCGAUGAAUCGCUGCCGCCCAACACAAAUCGACCCGUGAAUAUGGAUGAUGAUGAUGAGGAUGAAACGGAUACGGAGGAGAGCAGCGCCGAAGACUGAAGAAUGAAUUUGGAUUAUGCAUUUCAUUGUGCAUUACAAAAAGUUUAGCUAAUGUAUAUUUUAUAACGAAUUAAUUUCCUCUCGCAAUUGUUGUAACAACAAAUUAAAUUAUGCGCGUACAUAAAAGAUAUAAAAAAAAAGUGAGUAAGAAACCCAG